AUGGCGAACGAACAAUUACAAGCCUUAGAAGAAAAGGAAAAAAAGGCAGGUGACAUUUACCGAGAAAGAGCAUAUCAUAAUGCGAUAAAGUCAAUUUCUAUAUAUCCUAAACAAAUAACUUCCGGCGAAGAAGCACGGAAACUAAAAGGCAUCGGUAAUAGCAUUUCUACAAAAAUAGACGAGAUUUUGAAGACGGUUCGCAUUUCAUGGUAA